AUGUCGGACUAUGAAGCUUUGCAAAUAUUCAAUAGACAAAGAGUUAAUAUAGAUAUGAUCCAUUUUCUUUCAGAAUUGACAACAUCCAUUAUAAAAAAGGUCAAAGUGCGGGAGGGGAUUUGUUCUAGCAAAAUACCUGCUUUAACUAAAUUUAUCUCUACUUUGGUAAAUAAUUCAAGAGUUGGUACAUCUAUCUUAAUGUCUACUACUAUAUACCUAAAUAGAUUAAAAAAAAUUUUACCAGAUAAUAUUAUUGGUAUGGAGACUACAAGGCAUAGACUUUUCCUUGGAUGUUUAAUUAUAGCAGCAAAGACAUUGAACGAUAAUUCUCCAAUGAAUAAGCACUGGAGCAAACAUUCAAACUAUCUUCUCUCAAACGACGAAAUUAACACUGUAGAAAGAGAAUUGUUAGUAUAUUUGAAAUGGAACGUAAUUUUUACUACAAAGGAAUUGAUUCUCUGUUUAAAGGAGCGAUUUUUAGUGCCUAUAAGAUUGCAAAUGUAUAAAGAUAUUCAAACUAUUUCUCUAAUGAACAGUUCAGUAUGCUAUAGUAAACCAAAAACUCAUAUGAAAACCGACAUCUAUCAUCAUCAACAAUACAAAAAAUCACAUAGUAAUUCCAUGGAUUCCAUAUCUUCAAUAGUAUCUAAAGAUAGUGUUGAUAGUUGCUCUUCUAAUGCCAGUUCUGUUUUUUCAAGUAAUGAUAAACAAAAUAUUCUAACAUCACAUUCUCAAUCACAAAUAUACAUAACCAAAUCGCCAAGUAAAGGCCCUAUUUUACGUCAUAUAUUAUAA